AUACUUUUUUGUGACAUGAGUCGCGUGGCAUUAGCGAUUUCCUUCGACGGCUACAAGAAAGGAGGGUGCACCGUCAAUAAGAGGGUUCACUAUAAUAAAAGAUUUUCUUCGAAAACCUAUUCAACCGGUUUGCCUGAAACGACGCCUUUUGCCCAGCCCCUCCUCACCUCACAUGUUCCUUUCCUUCAGAGACUUCUCUCUUCUUCAAGCUGUGUCGCCGCCGCCGUCCCAGCGCCGCCAUCAAAUCUGCUCCAGUCGCCGUCCCCACUUCCCCAUCGCCGUUGCAACUCGUCUCUGCCAUCGCAACUCGUCGAAUCGUCUCAUUGCCACUCCUCCGCAGCGCGUCUCCUACGAUCUCUUCCGCGUCUCCGCGCCGCCUGUGGCUCCUCCUCCGCGCCGCCUCUCAGUCCCACAUCCUCUGCGCUCCCUCCGGCCUCCAAGUCGCGCACUAGACGAGCCACCCCCGUGCCUCCUCUGCAUCGGAAUCGAGCCUCGUCCGCGCCGCUCCUGGUCCCGAAACGCGCCACCUCCACCAGAUUCUCCCUGCAUAGCAUCGAUACCAUCAAUGCAAAUUCUGCUGAGUCUGUCAAAGAAUCUGUUCCAGGGACAAGCCUGGAAACACAGCAGGAUGAUACAAUCGUCCUUGUCUUGAUAGAAAUAAAAGCUCAAGUUGAUGCCAUGUGGGGACAAAUGAAGAAAGGAGUAUCUAAUGAUAUCCUCAGAAGUUUUGCAAGCAAGUCUAAUUCCACUCCAAAAAGAACUGCAAAGAAGGGAGCUUUUAAUUGUUUGUCAUAUCUGGGGUUAGCACCAAAGGCAACUGAAUCUGUUGGGCAAGCCGCUACCCGUAAUGGGACUGUAAUGGAGCAGAGCAAUACAAAUGAUGAAGCCAAGAAGCUUGCUGCUGCUGCUCUUGCAGCAGUGAAAGAUGAUGCUGCUGCUUCUUCCUCUAGCAAGGGUAAACUUGUGAUUACUGAGGUUAGGGACUUUGCUGGUCAAGACAUUGAAGUAAAGAAACUCUUAGAUUCUGACUCAAAGGAGGCAAUGGAAAGAGCCAAAAUUGCUGCACCUUCUGCGGUGGAUGCUGUUCUUGAACAAAUCAAGAAGAAGCAGAAGCUCAGUGUACUUGAUAAGACCAAAAUGGACUGGGGAGAGUUUAAGGAAGAAAAUAAACUGGAAGGGGAGCUUGAUGCUUACAAGAGGAGUUCAGACCAGUAUCUAGAUAAGGUCUCCUUCUUGCAGCGAACAGAUUACCGUGAGUUCGAGAGGGAGAGAGAUGCAAGACUGGCUUUGCAAGCCAGGAAGCGGACGGAUAUGCGAGAGGAGCCAUAUGACUGAUAGAAGUAGUGUAGAAUUCCUAUCGUUGAAGUAUGGUUCAAUUGGGAGUUGUUUUUCCAGGGGCUAUUGUUCCUGGGAACUGGGAAGGUCUUGAUCUCCUAAGAGUAGGAUCUAUGAUCAUUAAUAGGGGCAUGGCCAUUUUAUUUAACAAGGAUCAGACUCUUCCACACAGUUGAUAAUGCUGUAAGAAGGUUGCUGAUCUUAGACAACAAUGGGGAUGUGUCCAAAAACACAAUAAAUGUUUUAUUUCGUGAGGUAUUAAUUUAGGAUUAUCUAUCUAUAUCAGGAAUCAAAGCUACUUAUUAUUUAGCCCCUUUAUCCACGCCAUAUUACGAAAUACAUUCGUAAGGGGCAUAACAAAUAUCAAUGGUAACUGUUCUUUUAAAACAA